AUAAGGGCGUCACCGUGGCUGCCUUCGUCUCUCUCGUCCGAGACCACGUCCUCGAGAAGUUGAGUCUUCUCCCCUUCGCGCAUAGUCCUCACGCCUCUUUUCCUCAAUCUAGGGUUCCCAAUUGGAAUCACAAACCCUAGCCCAUGUCGGAAGCCCACGCGGAUCAGGCCUUAAGUCUCAUUCGGAGGCUUGCCGAUCGUCUCAAUCGCAGAGUCUCGGAGAUCUUUGCCCUUUUGUUGAAUCAUAAGAACGCUGGAUCGCUUGGUGCGCUCGCGGGGUUGGCCAUCACGGUUGUUUUUGCCUGGAAGUUUUUGAGACCGCCGGCUGGUGGGCGGCGGCGGAAUGUGCCGAAGCGGAGGGAUUCUCAGGCAGCGAGUGAUCGUCGUGCCCCGUCUAAUUCGGUUCCUUCUGUGGAUGAGAGCCCCUCGACUGAGGCCAGUGUGAAGGAAUUUGAUGCGGUUGAGCUUACUCCUGGACAAAUUUUGAAGAAGAAGCUCAGUGGGUGUCGAAAGAUAACCAUCCAAUUGCUUGGCGUGGUUCUAGAGGAGAGAACUCCUGAAGAGCUUCAGGAACAUGCUACUGUUAGGCAGUCAGUGGUUGAAGUACUUCUGGAAAUGGCCAAAUACACUGAUGUCUAUUUGAUGGAAACAGUUCUUGAUGAUGAAAGUGAGGAAAGAGUUCUCUCAGCUUUGGAUAGUGCUGGACUUUUCCAGACUGGUGGCCUGGUCAAGGACAAGGUUCUAUUUUGUAGCACUGAAAUUGGAAGGUCCUCAUUUGUCCGACAAUUGGAGUCGGAUUGCCAUAUUGACACAAACCUUGAGAUCAUCUCUCAACUUUCCCGCUUUAUCAGACUCCUCGUUCACAUCUCGCCCGAACCAUUGGGUCAAAUGGCAUCCAACAUCUUCAGUUCCAUGACUCUAGAGCAGUACUUCUCCACAAUUGGCUGAAGAUAACCGAUGAUUUCAAGCUAUUAUUAUCACGCUAAGUAACAAAUUUUGUACAAUGCAGUGUGUUUUGAUGAUUCAUCAUCUGUUGGAAUUAGGGUUGUGGAACACUGGUAAAAAGACAAGAUGGUAUUCAUGUUCUUAAAUACACGUUUGGGUCACUGAUGUUGUAAAAGAAAAAAAAAAACCAUAUUUAUGUUGGCAGCUUAUCUGCAGAUAUUCUUUUUCACUGUUUCUCCAAAGAACAUUCUGCUUACUCUGUCUGCUUUGGUAAGUUCUUGGAAUCAAUAAAUUUUGAAUUUGUAUGUGAAGUAAUUAUGUA